GAGAGAGACAGACAGAUCGACAGAGAGACAAACGGACAGAUAGACAGAGAGAGACAGACAGACAGAUAGACAGACAGACAAACAGAGAGAGACAGACAGACAGAGAGACAAACGGACAGAUCGACAGAGAGAGAGACAGACAGAUAGACAGACAGACAGACAGACAGACAGACAGACAGAGAGACAAACAGACAGAUCGACAGAGAGAGAGAGACAGAGAGACAGACAGACAGACAGAGAGAGACAGACAGACAGACAGACAAACGGACAGAUCGACAGAGAGAGACAGACAGCAUGUCUCCCUCCCAGUCCUCACUACUACUGCUACUGCUGAUGGUCUCCUGCUCCUGGGCCUCCCACUUCUUAGGAGGAACCAUGACCUUCAACCCCAGAGGGACCAACCCAGACGGAACCUACAGGGUGGAGCUCCGUUACAAGACAACCUUCCACUCUACCGUCUGCCAAACUGAUACCUGGUUGUGUCAGGACUGUGGGAAUGAGAUCAGUUUAGUGGUUAACACCGUGGACCAGGCGAUAUCUGAGGACUGGUGUCAGACAGAGGGAGUCAUGACUCGACACGUCUCCAAUAACACAAAGACCUUUGAUCUGCUAUUGAAUGGCGGGAACUGGAUAAACAAUGUUAAUUCUGUUAGUGCUUGGAGGCUGUUGACUCUUGUGGAUCUUGGGGUCAGGUCUGACACGAAGACAGUCAACCGAUCUCCACAGACCACUGUCGUACCUCUGAUGCGUGUCCCUGCUAAUUGUCCAAGAGAUUUCAACCUGUUGUCGUUUGAUCCAGACGGGGAUGAGGUCAGGUGCAGAUAUGCAGUACCAACGGGCGAGUGUGUCACAUCAAGUGACCUUCCUAAUGACUUCACUCUACGAGAGGUGUGAGGAUAAGGUUGGAGAUCACUCUGUCAUGCUGAUUGAGUUCGAAUAACAGACUGGAAGCUUCAAAAGGAGGGUGGUGCAUGGAAUCAUUGUUCUUCCUCUGUCAACCAUGGUAACCUGCAAGGAAACACGUGUCGUCAUCAUUGCUUUGCACAAAAAGGGCUUUACAGGCAAGGAUAUUGCUGCCAGUAAGAUUGCACCUUCAAGGAAAGCGGUUCAAUUGUUGUGAUGAAGGCUUCAGGGCGCCCAAGAAAGUCCAGCAAGCACCAGGAGCUGCGGGAUCGGGGCACCACCAGUACAGAGCUUGCUCAGGAAUGACAGCAGGCAGGUGUGAGUACAUCUGCACGCACAGUGAGGCGAAGACUUUUGGAAGAUGGCCUGGUGUCAAGAAGGGCAGCAAAGAAGCCACUUCUCUCCAGGAAAAACAUCAGGGACAGACUGAUAUUCUGCAAAAGGUACAGGGAUUGGACUGCUGAGGACUGGACUGCUGAGGACUGGGGUAAAGUCGUUUUCUCCGUUGAAUCUUGUUGA